CCUCCGCAUCGGCUGCUCGAGCCCCACCUCUGAUAUCUGAUAUCUGCGCUCUGCCACCGCUCAUACGCCCCGACGGACCGGUACGAAACGCACGGAAAGCUCAGGAAGUACGGAAAGUGCGGAAAGUACGGAAAGUGCGCCAACUUUGGGCCGGGCAUUUGAAAGUGCGGAAGGAUAGGCGUUGUCUGGCCUCCUCGAAGCAGGAAACUGGCGCCGCCCAACGACCUUGACCAAGGCGGAAUGCAGGCAAAGCACAUCAAUUGUAAUUAAACAGGGCAAACAAAUUGAAAAGGAGGCGGAACAAGCAGAACUGUUUGAAAUAGCUGCAGAAGCAACAAAUAACUCGCAAAACUUUCUUGGCCGGCGAGCCGAGGAAAAGAGGAGCGGAAACAGGGACGCCCGUUUUUAUUUAUUAGUUGGCCGAACUUUUCGCAAAAUGCCAGCGGGUCGAGUGGCUGGCAAAGCCGGCUACUCCAAUCACUACUACAAUGGACGCUCGUACGUGGGCAUCAACGAGGAGAUCAUGUGGGUGAGCAUCGGCAUGGGCGUGACCAUCGUGCUGCUGAUCACGAUCGCCCUGUGCUACAUCGCCCGCGAGAAGUGCCAGAAGCGGCAGCGGGAGUACUACGUGACCGCAUAGUUGUUGUACGCGGCCUGCCAAGCGACGGAGGAGCAGGAGGAGCAGCGGGGGCGCGGGCGGGGGAGGGCCCCGGACCAGGUCGCCGAAAUGGAGGAGGGCGCUGGCAAGCCGGGCGGCGCGGGAGGAGCG